UGUUUUGUUGCUGCUUCGCGUCACGUGACUUUCUCGGAGUUUCUUAAGCGUCGGUCACGUGACCCUUCCUGACGUUAGCUGCAGCGGCAGCGGUGCUGAUAAAAGUGUUUAACUCACCUCCAAUCCCUGCGCGGACCAACUUAAAGAGGACAGAGACUGACGAGCAGAAAACUGAGCGGGUUUCGGUGUCAGUAGCAAGUUCUUACUAGUCCCCUUUCUUUCUGUGAAGCUAACAUUAGCUUGCUAGCACRACACUUGCUAACUAGCUAGCUGCUGCUGUUUGUUGUGUUGCGGUGAUUUGGGACGAGAAAAUGACGCAGAUGGCUGGAGUCCACUGUCUGGGAGUGAUGCUACCUCUCAUCUUAGCUGCUGCCCUGCAUCAGGGUUCUGCUAUCGAUGCCACUCCGACUCCCCAAACUACGACCUCCCCACACGCUGACCCCGGACGGCCCGAAAGAGGAAACUACAACGUCAGCGACAGCAACAAGACCGUGUGUUUGCUGGCGUACCUGGGCCUCCAGCUCAACGUCUCCUUCAACUCCGCCUCCCAGAACAAAGUGGUGCAGGAGGUCGUGAACAUUAAGCCCAAUGAAACAAAUGCUUCAGGUUCGUGUGCCACUGAGAAAGCCAUCCUGCUGCUCACAUCAGACGGAGAGACAACCAACCUCACCUUUGCUUUUACUCUGAAUACUACGAGCAGGAAGUACCACCUGAGUGAAGUCUCUCUYAGUGCAGCCUGGCCCGACAUGAAAGAGCCCAUCUCCAUCAAGAACGUGAGUGUGGACUUCCUGCAGGGAACCCUGGGACACUCCUAUUUGUGCCGCGAGGAGCAAACUUUGUUUGUGUCCCAGAAUUUGUCCAUCAACAUCUUCCAAGUCCAGGUGCAGCCCUUCGGUGUGACUGGAAACCAGUUUGGAGCAGCGGAGGAGUGCCAGCUGGACGUAGACAACCUGUUGAUCCCCAUCAUAGUCGGAGCAGCUUUAGCCGGCCUGGUSCUCAUCGUGCUCUUGGCCUACCUGAUAGGCAGGAAGAGGAGCCACGCCGGYUACCAAACCAUCUGAGGUCGCUGGUUUGAUGCCAGAGGCCGGAGCAUGCCAUUUCUCCUCUGAAGUUAAAUUAACCACUACUUUGUGAGAGUUAACACUCGAUCUUUCCUCCCUUCUGCUUCUCGAUCCUUCAUCUUCCUCAUGUGUUUGCUGUUUUUUUUUUCCAUAACACUAAUUUUCACCUUUUUGCAGAGGUAUGUUUUUCUGAGCUGAUUUACUCUUUCAGAUGAAAGGGACUUUGCUGGGAGGUAGUAACAAAAUGAAUAAAAACUCUUUAUUGGUACUAAGUAAAGCAGAGGAUCACUGAGGCUCUUCGUGCUGUUGUUUCUAUUUAUGAUUUCUGUGAAAAGGAUUUUUGAGGGAUUGUGAGAUUUGAGCAGCUUGUUUUUUGGGGUGGCCUUUUUUUUUUGCCCAAAGUAGAGUUUAAAAAGGGAACUUUUCAUCCAUCUGAAACACUAAAAAUCUGACAUUUAUCUUAUUUUAAGCUAUUGGGUGGUUCUGUUUGCUUUUUGUUUUGGAUUUCAGCCCACUUGGGGUUUUGGUUGAUGGAGAGUAAGCUGUUGCACUGAAGUUUUAAGAAAUGUGUCAUAAAAUUCAAGUGUUCAAACAGGUCUGGUCAGUGGUGAUCAGUGCCUUCCCAGCUGUGGGACUCAGCUGAAGCCAACAUCAGAUACUGACACAGUUUGCUGCUGUGAAUGGGACAUUUUCUUGUCUCACAGCCUUCAUGUAUGUUACUGUCAUUUAAAAAUUAAAGCUUUUUUUUGCUCUCAUCCUAACAUUUCAUGUAAAAAUUUAACUAUGUUUUAAAGGAUUUUUUUUUAAGGAAAAGUUAAUAAAGGUGAAAGAAUGAAGCUGA